CAUACCUGCAGCUACUGGGGUUCCAUUGGGCUUGAGAAUCAAUUUUUCAUCUUUUGAAGGACAAGAUGCGUUGGAAGACAUUGCUGCUUCUGCUGUUGUAUUACAAUGCUCAGGCUUCUGUGUGCCACAGGUGGAGCAGGGCCGUGCUCUUCCCUGCUGCCCACCGGCCAAAGAGGUCCUCAUCGCUGCCAUUGAACCCAGUCCUGCAGACCUCCCUGGAGGAGGUGGAGCUGCUCUACGAGUUCCUGCUGGCCGAACUUGAGAUCAGCCCUGACCUGCAGAUCUCUAUCAAGGACGAGGAGCUGGCCUCCUUGCGGAAGGCCUCGGACUUCCACACCAUCUGCAACAACGUCAUCCCCAAAAGCAUCCCAGACAUCCGCCGGCUCAGCGCCAGCCUCUCUGGCCACCCUGGCAUCCUCAAGAAAGAAGACUUUGAAAGGACAGUGCUGACCCUGGCCUACACAGCCUAUCGCACGGCCCUGUCCCAAGGCUAUCAGAAGGACAUCUGGGCCCAGUCCCUUAUUAGCCUCUUCCAGGCCCUGAGGCAUGACUUGAUGCGCUCCUCACAGCCAGGAGUGCCUCCCUGAGAGACUGGCCCACACUAGGGCCUCGGAGCAGGGACCAGCACAGUCAUCCAGAAAGUCUUCAUUCUCUACUCCAUUUACAGAGACCAGCAACAGAACACAUACCGCCGACACAGAGCAGCAGAGAUCAAAUCAGAGUAACCCCGAUGCUCUUUUCUCCUUGUAGUUUCCUGGAGGACACACUUGAUUCAUGCCAUCAUGUGACUGGGCUGGAAGAAAGGGCUGGAGUGGUCAUUCAAAAUGCCUCCAUGGGCAGAAUGGUUUGCCUGUGGCAGGCAGAAGUCUGAUAUGCUUCAACCCAGAGCAAUGGCCACACACACUCCAGAGUGAGGACAGGCUGGGCAUGGUGGCUCACGCCUGUAAUCCCAGCACUUUGGAAGGCUUAGACAGGAGGAUUAUUUGAGGUCAGGUGUUCAAGACCAGCCUGGGCAACACAGUGAAACUCUGUCUCUACUAAAAUCACAAAAAUUAGCUGGACAUGGUGGCAUGUCCAUAUAAUCCCAGCUACUCGGUAGACUGAGGUGGGAGAAUCAGUUGAACCCAGGAGGUGGAGGUUGCAGUGAGCUGAGAUCGUGCCACUACACUCCAGCGUGAGGAACAGAAUGAGAGUCUGUCUCAAAAAAAAAAAAAAAGGUGAGGACUGAGCUAAAGGAGACAUCAUGGCAGAAAGAUGGGCAAGAUGGGGGACAGAUUCCUUCAGUGCUAAGUGACUAGGGUGCUGUGUGAAAUAAACAAUUUUCCAGAGGUUCUAUAGUAAAUAUAAAGAAACUAGAGCUGUGCCCAAAUAUAUAUAUUAUUUUGCAAAGCAUCUACUUCUUGACUUUUCCAAAAGCUGAAGAAGAAUCCGUUAGAAAAUCAGUAAUUUUGUGAUCUUAAUUUAAUAACUCUUCUCUUUUGAAAGCUGGCUUAACACAGAAGAGAAACCAGAGGCCUGCAGCCCAGCCCAGCCAGACCUUUUCUCUGAAUAGAAAAACCAAGCUAGUGCAGUCUCCCAAUGAACAAGAUGGCAUCAACGCCCAUGCCUGUCUGUCUUCAUGCAAAAAUAAUUAAGCAUCAUCAGAGAAGUAAAUGAUCCAAAUAAAAAUGAUUUUCAGGUGACAGAAUUCUACCCUUCCAAACGCCAAAACUUUUCUUUUAGAGAUAUUGACUCGAUAUCAAUUUAAACUAUAUAUACAAAUCACCUUAAACUUUUGUUAGUAUACGAUCAUCAUUUAAACUUUUUUUUUCUUUGAGAUGGAGUCUCACUCUGUCAUCCUGGCUGGGGAGCAGUAGCACUAUCUCAGCUCACUGCAGCAUCCACCUCCCAGGUUCAAGUGAGUCUCCUGCCUUGGCCUCCAAAAUAGCUGGGAUUACAAGCACAUGCCACCACACCUGGCUAAUUUUUGUAUUUUUAAGAGACGGUUUUUUGCUAUGUUGGCCAGGCUGCUCUCAAACUUCUGGCCUCAAGUGAUCCAUCCGCUUACGGCUCCCAAAGUGCUGGGAUUACAGGCUCGAGCCAUUGCACCUGGCCCUAUCAUCAUUUAAAUAUUCUAAUGAAGGAGUUCAAUAAGAUAAUCUCUAAGACUCCUACAUAUGAAGUUUUUACAAUUGUUUAACUGUAAGAUACUAGAAGGAGAGCACCUGGAUGUAAGAAGUCUACUCAACUGUUUGUACCAACCCUGAGAGGUCCCAGAUUGCUCAUUCUGUGUCCAGUUCUGAGAUUUUCUGCUGCCUCCCUCACUGUCAGGCAAUUAGAGCAUAUUUUUCCUUGUUGCCCAUAUAACUUGUCCUUCACAGUCUGUUCUUUCUUAGCUGGCUGUUGCCUAAAAACUAAGAUAGCCAGGCUUGUUAUAAUUCUAUGUUAAAUGAGAGUAAUAGAUGAAGGUCUAGGGUCAAGGGUCUGGGUCCUAAUAAGGAUUUCUCAUGAGCUCAUAGAACCUCCUGGCUUCUAAGUUUACAGCUGGGUUCUGCAAGCUAAAGCUGCCACAGGUCUGAUCUUUGGAUGAGUGAUGGAUGGGGCUAAAUUGGAUUCCGAAGUGGGUACUUAAUAAUCGUCAUUUGAUAAUGAUGAGGUCUGGACUCCUUCAAAAUCUUUGAGCAAAUGAGCUUUGCCUAGCAGCGCUAGCCGUAUGAUAUUUUUGGAAGAAUACUAGGAUACAGGAGGAAGGUAUUCAUCAUCAGAGAAAAACACAGCUUUGCAUCCUAAUAUUCUCAGGCUCAGAAGAUUAGUAAGUCUCAGUCCCUCUCAUUCCCCCAUUAUACUGCUCUUUUACCUCCUCCAAACGAAGAUUCUGAUAUAAGCUUUUUUUUGUUCAAUCUUCUUCUUUCUAAAUGUACAUGUUCUCUCUGACAUGGUCACUUUGCUUAUCUCUAUUUAUUUCACUUGGUAUCUCUACUGCUCUAUAUUUGGGCCCAAUUCCAAAUACCUUUGUAUCUGUUUUUUGAUGCAUCUCCAAGUCUCUUCUGCUUGACUGGUGCUCCAUCUCUGUGGGCCCAAACUCUAACACUCACGGUCUGUCCAUCUUCUCUGGGUAUUACUAUCUAAAUAAAACAAAGGUCAGUGUGCAGACAGCGUUGGGAUUGCCCAGAGGCAGAUACACAUUGUAGCCUACCUUCACUGUUUGUACUUUUCCUAGAUGUCGAGUCAGGAGUGGCUUAGCAAUGACCUCAGUCCCUAGACACUGUGCAAUACCCUGGCAAUCAGUCUUCUAACCCGCGCUGAGGAGGCUCCACUCCCUUGAUAAUGGAUCUGAGAUCUUUCUUGUACUCAGAAUCAUCAGAUGGAAAGGCCCACACUUGUAGUCCCUGGCCACCACAUUAUUAUAUAGAUGGCUGCUCCCAGUAGUAAGAAAUCCAUGAAUGGAGGGAUGGUUCCCAGGACCACUGGUACCAGUGGUAUUUCAUUCAUUCGGCAACAAAAAAAUUAAAGGGAUUUAUUCACAAAUUGGGGCCUGAAUUUCUGCGGCAAUUGAUGGCUGAAAAAAAUAGAAAAAAGAAGAACAUGACCUUUUUAAAGACAAAUGAAGACUUCAUUUUCAGUAACUGGAAUCUUUAAAACUAUUUUAAUAUGAAUACAGAUAAUUGUUUACUCAGAGGGAGUUUUAUACCAAUGACUUCAUUGACCUGCAGAGUCAAAUAUUAUGCUCACCACCACCAGCCAAAAAAGCCCAUUCUUUGCCCAAGGAAGAGUAGAAACGGAGACUGGACAAACAGGGUCUCCUAUUUUGCCUCAUUAGUGCCACACCCUCCACAACCACAGUCACGAAGGGGUCACGUUUGGUUAUAUUUACUAAUAGAAUAAUAUGGGAGUGUGAUAUUUGUAGUGGAAACUUGCCCGUGACUUAUGAAACCAUUUCUGCUGACACAUUUUAGGAUUUAAAAACUUUGUUUUUUCAUUUUGUUUCUGUUUGUUUGUUUUUGAGAUAGUCUUGCUCUGUUGCCCAGGCUGGAGUGCAGUGAAGCCUCCGCCUCCAGGGUUCAAGCAAUUCUCCCACCUCAGCCACCCAAGUAGCUGGGACCACAGACACAUGUCACCAUGCCUUGCUAAUUUGUUUUUUUGUUGUUGUUGUUGUUGUUUUCUUUUGUAUUUUUAGCAAAGACAACGUUUCACCAUGUUGGCCAGGCUGGUCUCAAACUCCUGACCUCAAGUGAUCCGCCUGCCUCGGCCUCCCAAAGUGUUGGGAUUACAGGUGUGAGCCACUGCUCCCAACCCAGGAUCUAAAAACUUCCUAAGUUUCCUCAUUUGUUGGCAUCCUCACAGCUAUCUCCAAUGUCACUCAAGAGACAUCAACAAACAUUUAACUGCUAAACCUUAGUUGCUCUGUCACCUGACCUUGACUCUAACAAAUCAGUCAAAAGUAUUUCUGCAGGUCAAACGGCCUAGAAUUAAAUGCUUGUUAAAUGACUUUGUACAACACCCCUUACUUUCCUAAUAUAUUUUAAUAUCUUAUUUCUUUUUAUUGUGGUAAAAAACACAUCACAUAAAAUUUACCAUCUUAACCUUUUUUUUUUUUUGAGACAGAGUCUCACUCUGUUGUCAGGCUGGAGUGCAGUGGCACAAUCUUGACUCAUUGCAACCUCCACCUCCCGGGUUUAAGUGAUUCUCCAGCCUCAGCCUCCAGAGUAGCUGGGACUAUAAGCAUGUGCCACCAUACCUACUCCCAGUUAACUUUUGUAUUUUUAAUAGAGACGGAUUUCACCAUGUUGGCCAGGAUGAUCUCCAUCUCCUGACCUCAUGAUCUGCUCACCCCAGCCUCCCAAAGUGCUGGGAUUACAGGCGUGAGCCACCACGCCCAACCCAUCUGAACCAUUUUUAAGCAUAUAGUACAGCAGUGUUAACUCCAUGCAUGCUGCUAUGCAACAGACCCCCGGGACUUUCUCGUCUCGUAAAACUGAAGCUCUGUACCCACUGGACAAUUCCCCUUUGCCCCUUCCCCCUGCCUGCCCCAGCUCUUGGCACCAUUAUUGUGCUUUCUGUUUUUAGGAGUCUGACUACUUAAGAUACCUCAUACAAGUGGGAUCUGGCUUACAUUCCUUGAGCAUUGUAUUCUGGAAACGUUCUUCCUCUGAAAAAGGGGUAGAGUUCUGAAGGAGAACUACUGGUCUUAUUGUAUCACUUGCUGUACCUAUUUUUAUUUAACAAAUAUUCAUCUAUGGUAUAAUAAAAAUGUCAUGAAUGA